GAGUGAGAUAGAGAGAGAGAGAGAGAGAGAAACCUGUCCAGAUUUGAAAAAUGUCAGGAUUGUGAAGUUGUGAAUUGUGAAUUGCAAUGGCAAGCACGACGAAACCAAGCGCUCCCACGGCUUCGUUGCCGAAAUCGGAAGCGGCUUCCAAAAGCUACCAUUUCGCCCAAGCUUGGGAUCAGAGUACUGUUCUAACGGAGCAGCAACAAGCGGCGAUCGCAGCGCUAUCUCAUGUGUUCGCGGAGCGCCCUUUUCCGCCCAAUCUAUCUCAAGACCACCAGGAUAACGCCGUCUCCGCGGUUGCGGCUUCCGCUUCGGCUAAUGAUAACAGCAACUCUUUCCAAGAUUGUGGUUCUUCUACCACUCUACCACUCUUGCUCAAUACAAACCAGUUUUACAAGUGGUUUACAGAUCUUGAAUCCGCCAUGAAAUCAGAGACAGAGGAGAAAUAUCAACACUAUGUGAGCACGUUAACAGAGCGCAUACAGACCUGUGACGGUAUACUUCGUCAGGUGGAUGACACCCUGGACUAUUUUAAUGAACUACAGCUGCAGCAUCAGGCAGUUGCUACAAAGACUAAAACUCUUCAUGAUGCGUGUGACCGGCUGGUGGUAGAGAAGCAAAGGCUGAAUGAGUUUGCUGAUGCACUUCGUAGUAAGCUCAACUACUUUGAUGAAUUGGAGAAUAUUGCUUCCAAUUUUUAUUCUCCAAAUAUGAGUGUUGGAAAUGAGAAUUUUCUCCCGCUGCUCAAACGGCUUGACGAUUGCAUUUCGUAUGUUGAAAGCAAUCCGCAGUAUGCAGAAUCUAGUGUUUACUUGCUCAAGUUCCGACAGCUUCAGUCACGAGCUCUGGGCAUGAUCCGUUCUCAUGUACUUUCUGUGCUCAAAAGUGCUUCUUCUCAGGUCCAGGCAGCAAUCCGAUCUAGUGGGAACAGCAAAGCAGCUGUUUCUGAAGGUGUAGAGGCAUCUGUUAUACAUGUUCGUUUCAAAGCAGCAGCGAACGAGCUUAAGCCAGUGCUGGAGGAAAUUGAAAGCAGAUCAUCAAGGAAAGAAUAUGUUCAACUUCUUGCAGAAUGCCACAAAUUAUAUUGUGAACAGCGUCUUUCCUUGGUAAGAGGCAUAGUGCAUCAACGGAUAUCUGAAUUUGCAAAGAAAGAGUCCUUGCCAUCACUAACUAGAUCUGGAUGCGCGUAUCUAAUGCAGGUCUGUCAGCUUGAGCACCAACUCUUUGAUCAUUUUUUCCCAUCUUCUUCGGAGGAUGUCUCAAGUUUGGCUCCAUUGAUAGAUCCAUUGUCUACAUAUUUGUAUGAUACACUACGGCCAAAACUUAUUCAUGAAACAAAUAUUGAUUUUCUGUGUGAACUUGUUGAUAUCCUCAAAGUUGAAGUCUUGGGAGAACAGGUAAAUAGACGGGGUGAAUCGUUAGCUGGGCUACGUCCUACAUUACAAAGAAUUCUAGCUGAUGUUCAUGAGAGGUUGACUUUUCGUGCACGAACACAUAUUCGUGAUGAGAUAGCGAAUUAUUUGCCUUCUGAUGAGGACUUGGAUUACCCUGCAAAGCUGGAACAAUCUAUGGAGAAUAACUCAGAAACUAUUUCUGCUGAGGAAAACCCAGAUGUAUUCAAAACAUGGUAUCCACCGCUGGAGAAAACCCUAUCAUGUCUUUCAAAGUUGUAUCGUUGCUUAGAACAAGCAGUUUUCACUGGUUUGGCACAGGAAGCAGUAGAAGUUUGCUCCAUGUCUAUCCAAAAAGCAAGCAAACUCAUUGUGAAGAGAUCAUCACCAAUGGACGGGCAGCUCUUCCUCAUAAAACAUCUCCUUAUUUUAAGGGAGCAGAUUGCACCUUUUGAUAUUGAAUUCUCGGUUACUCACAAGGAACUUGAUUUCUCACAUUUGCUGGAGCAUUUAAGACGUAUUCUUAGAGGUCAAGCCUCACUAUUUGACUGGUCAAGAUCAACUUCAUUGGCAAGGACCUUAUCUCCUAGAGUUUUGGAAAGUCAAAUAGAUGCUAAGAAGGAGCUUGAAAAAAGCCUAAAAGCCACCUGUGAGGAGUUUAUUAUGUCAGUCACUAAGCUAGUUGUGGAUCCUAUGCUUUCGUUUGUUACCAAGGUGACAGCUGUGAAAUUUUCUCUAUCCUCAGGCAGUCAGAAUCAAAAGCAAGAGUCCGUUUUGGCCAAACCACUUAAGGAUCAAGCUUUUGCUAGUCCUGAUAAAGUGGCAGAAAUUGUUCAGAAGGUGAGUGCUGCUAUUCAGCAAGAGUUACCAACAGUAAUAGAAAAGAUGAAGCUUUAUCUGCAGAAUCCAUCAACCCGAACAAUUCUUUUCAAACCAAUAAAGACAAACAUUGUGGAAGCCCAUGUACAAGUACAAUCCCUGUUAAAAGCAGAAUACUCCCCUGAAGAAAUUCAAAGCAUCAUCAAUAUGGUGUCCAUGCGGGAUCUGCAAGCACAACUUGAUAAUCUCCUGUAAGGUUUUCGUGAAGUCCAUUGAGCUAGUUAAUGCCAACUCUUUCCAUCAAUAAGGUGAGCUUUACCCUAAAGAGCAGUUUUAGGUCUGCCACUAUAGUUUCUUGAGGUUUCUGGUCGAUUUAUAGUGAAUUAUGAAAUAUAGAUGUAUCAGGAGGUGUAGCUUUAUUUUAUAGAAUCCAUAUCAAUUUAUAUAUUUUGGUUGGGGGUUGGAGAUUCUAUGUUUAAAAUCUUCAUUAGUUAUUCUUUCAUAUAUUCAUGUUGCUUUUGAUAAUGCUUGAAUGAUGAUUUUGUCAAUAAGGAGAUGAUGCUUGAUUAA